CCCUCCUUUACUACACCAUCCAAAACCACACACCGAGGGCCCCAACGGCCAGCCAAGCCGCCUAGCGUGACGGCGACAGCGACAGCGACAUGGAUGAGCCGAGGGAUGAGCCGAGGGAUGCGAGGGAGGUGGGGGUGUGGUUGGGCUGUUUGUUUGUUUAUCGCAUUGCGUCGCAUCGUUGACGGAUCUUCGCUUUGGUCAGCGCGCAAACUGUUGAGGAGUUACAGUACUGUGUAGUUAAUACUUCGAGCUCGUUCUUGCUACCUCCCUGGAGUCGCCAUCUCCUACCAACUACAUACCUACCUACCUACCACCACCACCCUCACGAUGCCAGCGCGCUACGCUGCCGUCGACGCGGCCGACUUGCUCUUUGGGCGAGCGACGACGGUUAGGAAUGGAUAUGCGGCGCGCGAGACCAUAGCGUGUCGGAUGGGCGAGCAGGAUUGCGGUCCGACGGUCAAGCCGUACCAUGCGUGUUGCCCGAGGAGUACAGAGUGUGGCUCUCCACAGCUGAAUAUUUAUUGUUGCGAGCCCGACAAAGAUUGUAAGCCGCAGCUCACCAAACUCCCGCAAUGCGCGAACCCGGAGCAUGACAUGUACGAUUUCGACGGCUUCUUCUGCUGCGAGCAAGGGCGGAAGGGAUACGGAAACACGAAAUCUGACGGCAACGGGUGCGGUGCCCCUGACUACGAACUCCAGGAGUUCGAUAAGUGGUUAACAAUCGCCGUCUCCGGAAGAGCCAUCACAACCAGUAGCUCCAAGACGAGCACCGGCGCCCCAAGCGCAACAAACCCAGGAAACACAAGCAACACCUCCAGCGCCAGCAACUCCUCCGGCCACUCCUCCGGCCACGCCUCCGGCCACGCCUCCUCCACCACCGGCCCCAGCUCCUCCUCCCCCACCGCUCCCUUCGCCGGCGCCCCCUCCUCCACCGACGGCUCCGCAGGGAAAUCCUCCAACGCCGGCCCCAUCGCCGGCGGCGUCGUAGGCGGCAUCGCGGCCCUGGCCCUCAUCGCAUUCCUAGUCUGGUUCCUGCGCCGUCGCAAGGCGCGAUCGUACGCCAGCGCGGCACCCCCGAGUCCAUCGGGCGCGUACCAUGCGCAGGGGCCCGAGAAAGACGUUCCCCAUACGGCGAUGGGGAAGGCGGCGGCGGCGCAGAAGGGGGAGGAGGGUGGGAGUGGCGGUGUGAGCGAGUUGCCGGGGGAGGAGAGGGGGGAUGUGGCGGCGGCGGCGGAGAUGUAUUCGCCAGGGAUGCCGGGGACGCCGGGGCAGGGGGCGGCGGAGUUGUAUUCACCUAGUGUGGCGACGACGGCGGAGUUGCAUGGGGUGGAGAGGGGGCCGGGGGAGUUGCUGGCGUGGGAUGGGAGGGGGGUGCCGGCGCAGUUGAGGGCGGGGGAUAGGGGGGGCCCGGUGGAGUUGCCGUGA